GGAAGGGAGGUUAGAGAAUUUGGGGGAAGCGUCUCUCUCUUUCUCUCUUUCUGGCUCCAUUUCUUUGUGAAUACCUCAACGAUCUCUAGCAUUUCUCUUCAAUUUUUUUUUUGCCCCCUUCUUUUUCUUUCUUCUGCCUUUGAUUUGGUCUUUCUUUGGGUUUCUUGAAGGAGAGAAAAUGAGCAACGAAUACGAUUACCUCUUCAAGCUCUUGCUCAUCGGAGAUUCUUCCGUCGGAAAGUCUUGCCUCCUUCUACGGUUCGCUGAUGAUUCUUAUGUGGAUAGCUACAUCAGCACGAUCGGUGUCGAUUUCAAAAUCAGAACCAUGGAAUUGGACGGGAAAACGAUCAAGCUUCAAAUAUGGGACACCGCAGGGCAAGAACGAUUUAGAACCAUAACCAGCAGUUACUACAGGGGGGCUCAUGGAAUCAUUAUUGUUUAUGACGUAACAGAGCAAGAGAGCUUUAAUAAUGUCAAACAGUGGCUUAACGAGAUUGAUAGAUAUGCAAGUGAUACUGUGUGCAAGCUGCUCGUUGGGAACAAAUGUGAUUUGGUCGACGAGAAAGUUGUGGAUACACAAACUGCAAAGGCUUUUGCGGAUGAGCUUGGAAUCCCUUUUCUUGAAACAAGCGCUAAAGACUCCAUCAAUGUUGAGAAAGCUUUUGUGACAAUGGCUGGGGAAAUUAAGAAGAGAUUGGGCAACCAGACCAGCGCCAACAAAAAUCCUCCAAGUACAGUGCAAAUGAAAGGGCGACCAAUUCAACAGCAAAGCAGUUGUUGCAGUUAGUCACUAGUCUUCUCUGUACUUUACAUCUCCUUGUGGGCCAUGUCCAUGAUAGCUUGUAUGCAUCUCCAUACCACACCAAUACCUUUUUUUUAUUCUUUCUUUUCUUGUACUGUGGCUUGUGUUCUGACUAAACUGGAUUGCCUUGUGUAAAUGCUGGGGAAGCUUGCAUUUUGUUUUAUGCAACGUUACUUUUCUGCA